AUGGCUUCCGACUCGACACCUAUGGAUAUAGAUGAAAUGACGGAGACUACUCCCUUACUACCAUCUCAUAAACGCGGCAUCAAGGCCGUUCCUACAAACACUGCCUCACAGCAGGACAGUCUACCAUAUAGUGACUACCAUACCAUCGACUGGCUUCAAGACCUCGUGCAAGAUAGCCAUCGCCGCGAUAACUCAAGUCUCUAUUUGCGACGCGGGAUACGCUACCGUAUAACCAAGCUAUGGGACUCUUCUCAGGGAUGGGUCGCAGCUUUCCUCAUCGGUCUUCUCACAGCCUCAAUCGCGGCAUUCGUAGACGUCAGCGUUGAGGUUGUAGCAGAUCUCAAAGAUGGGUACUGCACCAACAACAUAUUUCUAAGUCGCCGAGCAUGCUGUUCAUCAGAGACGAUCUGUCAGAACUGGAAGCCAUGGACAGAAAGCUAUGUGCAUGCAUACGCCAUCUAUGUUGGCCUUGCUCUGGCCUUUGGUAUCAUCGCUGGGAGUGUCACCGCGACUACGAAGAUGAAUCUCACUGCCGUUGCUCCGGAGAAAGAACGGUCGUCUGCAAGCCCCAGCGGAAAGGUUAUGUACAUGGCAGCAGGAAGCGGCAUCCCCGAGAUAAAGACUGUAUUGUCCGGCUUCUGCAUCCCUCAUCUCUUCGAUCUCAAAGUCCUUAUCGUCAAGGCCGUCGGAUCAAUCUUUGCAGUCGCAACGGGCAUGUGUUUGGGAAAAGAAGGACCCUUUGUGCACAUCUCAGCUUGUGUUGGAUACCUUGUCACGGUCUGCAUCCCCAAAUACGCGAGUAAUCAACGAAAACUGAGGGAGAUGCUCAGUAUCGCAUGUUCAGCAGGUUUAUCGGUCGCUUUCGGUGCUCCGAUUGGAGGCGUUCUCUUCAGCUACGAGGAGAUCAGCACUUACUUCCCCCGAAGGGUACUCUGGAGGAGCUGUCUUUGUUCAGUGGUAGCGGCGGCUGUUCUCAAGGAACUCAACCCUACAGGUACUGGCAAGCUUGUUCUAUUUGAGACGAACUACGGUGUCAACUAUAAUGCUCUUCACUAUUUCGUCUUUAUCAUUCUCGGUGUUUGCGGUGGUAUAUUUGGUGGUGUAUUCUGCAGAGCCAACUUCCUCUGGUCGAAAUCAUUCCGAAAGCUUCCGCUCAUCAAGAACAACCCUGUUUUCGAGUUGGCUCUUGUAACAUUGAUCACUGCAGUUCUUCAGUUUCCGAACAUGCUUAUCAGGGAAACUGGGGAUAUUGUCAUGCAGCGAUUACUUGUUGAUUGUAAUCAUGCCGAGGAAGACUGGAUUUGCCAACAAGAGGCCCAAACUACUGUUAAGGGCACGUACUACGCAUGGUUGGUCUCCGGAACAUUCGUCAAGCUAUUUUUAACGACCAUCACAUUCGGCUGCAAGGUCCCAUCUGGAAUCAUCAUCCCCGCGAUGGAUGCUGGUGCGCUCUUUGGUCGAAUGAUCGGGCAACUCAUACCCAACAUCUCACCUGGCAUAUUCGCCAUGGUUGGAUCAGCAGCCUUCCUAGCUGGAGUUAGCAGAAUGACUGUCAGUCUGGCUGUCAUCAUGUUUGAGUUGACUGGAGAGGUCAACUUCAUUCCACCUUUCAUGAUCGCUAUCCUGACUGCAAAGUGGGUGGCUGAUGCAAUCAGUGCCGAUGGUGUUUAUGAUCUCGCUCAGCAUCUUCAAGGACACCCAUUCUUGGAGGCUGAGGGCGCCAUCAGCAAGGUCAGAGAUUUCAGAGAUAAUGAGGGCACUGCGACGGUAGACGCUCUGCUCCCUUCAAAAGAUACCAUGGGCAACGCUUUUGUAUCUGUCAGUCCGGGCUACCGUGUCCUUACAUCAGUACUACAACACAAGCUCUCUUAUCUUCAGAGUAGCGGCGUGAGCGAUUCUGGACUUGUGUUCGUCAACGACAAGGGACUCUGCCACGGCUAUAUCUCGCAAUAUAAACUGGAGCAGGUCUUGCAGAUGAUUGAGAAAACCGAUGGUGUUGAAGAGUCCUGUGAAAUAAACGUUCUUGAAGGUACUCUGGCGGAGGCGAUUGACAGAAGUCCCCUCACUCUCCCGUCAAAAGCACCCCUUGAAUAUGCGGUGGAGCUAUUUGGGAAGCUGGGUAUUAGUUAUCUGAUCGUCACUGAGGAGGAUACGGCGAAGGUACUGGGAGUUGUGUCGACGAAGCAAUUGAUCGCUUUCUUGGAUAGGUUAAAGUAG